AUGGGGCUGGACUAUGUCAGUCCAUUGGAGGAUAGGAAGACAAAGUUUUUGGAGGUUCGUUCGGACGAGGGCUGGGCGAACGACCUUGUUGAUCGCGAUUCCGUGACGCACUAUUUGUACAAUCUGCGACGGGAGUCGAAACAGCUGCAUGCAUCGGCGCGAGGGGUGUAUGCGCUUCGUGCACAGCUGCUCAAGAAGCUCAAGAAGCUCAAGAAGCUCAAGAAGCUCAAGAAGCUCAAGAAGCUCAAGAAGCUCAAGAAGCUCAAGAAGCUCAAGAAGCUCAAGAAGCUCAAGAAGCUCAAGAAGCUCAAGAAGCUCAAGAAGCUCAAGAAGCUCAAGAAGCUCAAGAAGCUCAAGAAGCUCAAGAAGCUCAAGAAGCUCAAGAAGCUCAAGAAGCUCAAGAAGCUCAAGAAGCUCAAGAAGCUCAAGAAGCUCAAGAAGCUCAAGAAGCUCAAGAAGCUCAAGAAGCUCAAGAAGCUCAAGAAGCUCAAGAAGCUCAAGAAGCUCAAGAAGCUCAAGAAGCUCAAGAAGCUCAAGAAGCUCAAGAAGCUCAAGAAGCUCAAGAAGCUCAAGAAGCUCAAGAAGCUCAAGAAGCUCAAGAAGCUCAAGAAGCUCAAGAAGCUCAAGAAGCUCAAGAAGCUCAAGAAGCUCAAGAAGCUCAAGAAGCUGAAGAAGCUCAAGAAGCUGAAGAAGCUCAAGAAGCUCAAGAAGCUCAAGAAGCUAAACAAGCUUAAGAAGCAGAAGAAGAAGAAACUCGAUAAUGGGUUUGAAAAGAACCAGCAGGAGCUCACCAAAGUCGUUGAAGAUGCGAAUGGCUGA